AACUUGCGGAGUUGUGGCUACUCGCUGCCGUCUCUACGCGGAGGAAGUGCGGUUGCAGCGGAGCGUUGAGCGCAGCAGCAGGAGGACAAGUGCGGCGCCGGACCUCCAGAAGCGGCGAAACGCGUCUCACUUUCUCCCCGACUCAAGAGGGGCUCCUGCGGCGGGACGAGACGGUUCCGGACAUAUUCUCCCCCCCGGAGGACUGCCCCCCUCCCUCCUCACCUCUCCUCCCGUCUCUGCGGGGUGGCUGACGGGGAGCCACUUGACAGACCUGGAGAAGAGCCGUGCCCGAGGCGACGCGGAGCUCACGCGCAGAGCCGGGGAGACCCACGUCCACCAUGGAGGUCGGCACUACUUCGAGGAAACUUCCUCUGCUCUCGCUCACCUGGCUGUGGCUGCUCUCAGGCAUCUGGGCCCAGAUCCAGAUGCCCCAGCCCAGCAUGGAAGUGAUCAAGGGUCAGAUGGUGGUGCUGAGGGCCACGUACAGCAGCAGCAGCGGCAUCGACCCGAGCACCAACACCAUCCUCUGGAACUUUGUCUCCAACAGCACCCAGCUGAUCAUCUCCUACACCAAAGACUCCAUGAGCGUGGGCAGCUCCCAGUUUCAGGGCCGCGUGGGCUUCUCCUCCAGCAUGCCCUCGGCCGACGUGUCCCUGUACAUCAACAACACCCAGGAGUCGGACUCGGGACGCUACGUCUGCCAGGUCAUCAUCCCCGAAAACGGCGGCCUCACGGCUGAGCUCCAUCUGGACGUGAAAGUCCCCCCCGGAGUUCCCAAGUGCUCUCUGUCAGGGAAGCCGGUGCUGAAGGGGAACGUGACUCUGAGCUGCAGAACCAGCUCCGGGAAGCCCGUCCCCCUGUACAGAUGGAGGAAGACCAGUCCCAGCUCCGAGGUCUUCUUCUCUCCCAUGCUCAACGAGAAGACCGGCACACUGAAGCUGAGCAACCUGAGCAGCAACAUGUCGGGCAAGUACGUGUGCUCGGCCACCAACUCAGCCGGGUCGGAGAGCUGCUUCAUCAACCUGGAGAUCUUCACCUCCAGUAAUGUGGGGAUGAUCGCUGGCGCCACAGUGGGCUCAGUGGUUGGCUUCAUCUUCCUCCUCAUCUGCCUCGUUUUCCUGGUGAAGAGGCGAAGAGACAAUGAGGACGACAUGGCCAACGAAAUCAAGGAGGACGCUCAGGCUCCCAAGCGUGUGUCCUGGGCGAAGAGCGGCAUGGGGUCAGACAUCAUCUCCAAGAACGGCACCCUGUCCUCCAUCGCCUCCAGCCCGCACCACCGAGAGCCCUCCCACGACCACAACAACCACCACCUGCAGCAGUACCCCCAGCGCACGCCUUCAGACACCGCCUCCAUCAUCACCGCCACGGGCAGCAUGGCCGGCUACCGGCCGCCCCGCCACCACGGAGCCUCCACCCCCACCCACUACGUCUACAACAACAACCAUACCACCGCCCUGCCGCGCGGACAGGCCGUCUCCUCCGAGGGCAGCACCAACGGGAGCUCCCUGCCCCGGCCGGAGCGCUUCACCCAGCUGCCCCAGGCCCAGGUGCUGCCGCAGACCUACGGCCAGCCUCAGCUGCAGCACCAGGCCGCUCCCUACCCGCCGCCGCUGCCCACCUCCACGGUCACGGCCUCCAACAUCGCCCGCAUGGGAGGGGUGGCCAUCAUGGUGCCUGCACAGAACCAGGCCGGGUCUCUGGUCUAACAGCGCUGAAGACCAACCCAGACAGCGGCAUGCUGUCCCUUCACCUCUCAAAGGACAUUCAGACACAGACUGUUUACCUGCUUUAAGUAUACUCAAGUCUUUUAUAGUGUGUAUGUACCGCAUACAUUGCAAACUAUGUAUAGAUAUAAUUUUCAUACAUACAUUUGUUCAAUAUCUUCUUUUCUACCUUAUCAAUGCAUUUCUAUUUUAUUUGUUGUAUUUCUUUAAAUGCUUUUAAAUGACGUAUAUAUUUACUAAUUCCACAAAGUGAAGAGCAGAUGGACCGUGUGUGUGAGUCUCCUGGAUGAAUAUUAAUGUGGAAUAUGAAGAUCUUUACUUCAUAGCGACCUACAGGAGGAAGAGUCCAGACCAAACGGGUUGAAGCACAACAAAUGUUACUAGUGAAGAACUGGGUGAGAUAUAUGAAGAUCUUUGUUUUUAUUCAGAAUAUUUCUGCAGCAGAAAGAAAGACAAAACAGCAUUAUACAUAUGAUAAAGUUUGGCACUGCUAAAUAUCCUAAUCCUUUCUCUUUGGCUUUGCUAUAAAAUGCUCUUUAAACACAGAUUAGCAAAAGCUUCUUUUGCAAAAAUAUUGAGCACUAUUCAGAACUGCAGUAGGGUGACUUUGCUAAAACACAAGUCCACACUAUUUUUAAUGUUGCCUCCGAAUUGAAAUUGUAAAUAUGAUAUUUAUUUUUUGAUAAAUGUGUAUCUUAUUGUUGGCCACAGCCGGUAUGGAGCGUAUAACACAGUCAUAUGUUAGCCUGAGAGACAGAGGAGCAUGCUCUCUGGAGAGGGGCACCAUGACCUGGGUUAAGGUUUAGAGAGUUUAUGGUUCAGACCUAAUAGUGACAGGAAUAUGAUCUCUAUGAUCUGCUACCACCAGGACAAAAUGGAGGAGACACUGCUCCUCCAAAGGGGAAACUUACAGGUGGAUAUGGUGAAAAGAAAAAGAAACAUUCUAGUUAAUCAUAAUGAAACUUUCCCAGUCGAUCAUUUACAGAGAAAGGCUGUAAACGACAUAUGAACAAACCACUCAGAAUAUAGAGAGGAAUGAAAGCGUAACGUUUGGUGGAUGUCAGAGCUGCUGAAGUGGGAUUUAUGAAUCAGAGUCUGAGAAAUAACUUUAAAGAGAUGUUUUAUUAAAUUACAAUAUGAAGACUACAGUAAACAUGGUCAAAUAAAUAACUAAUAGAUGAAACUUCUCCAGUUGAUUACUGACAUUGAGACAUAGAGUUUUCUAGAAAUGUUAUGUUACAAUAUACAUAUUAAAAAUCUACAGACACAAAAAGACAAAGUUGUAAAGAAAAUGUGUAUUUAGGAUGAUUUACUUCCUCUAGUCUGAAAGAAGACCAUCUCUAAAUCAACCAGAACAUGAAGAACAGGGUUUUGGUCUCCACUUAUUGGAGUACAUUGGUAAAAGAAUUUAGUGUAUCAUCAAAGAUAUGUUGGCUUAAUAUGAUCGAACCAAAUAAUAACUGGAUUUUGGCUCCAAAGCUGUA